AUAUUCAUUCAGUUAGUAGCGCUCAGUGGCAGUGGACGUAGGUGGUGCUAUGCGCGUCAGCGGCAGCAUCUGUUGACCUGAUUAGUGAACCUCGCUGGGACAUAGUGUUAUUAAUUACAAGACAAUGUUGACUUCGAGUGGGAGCCAGUAUCUUAGACCCGAGUAUCUCAACCCAAUACAGGGACACUCUAUUGAGCUGGAUGCAAAGAAGUCUCCCCUGGCACUGUUGGCACAAACUUGCUCCUCCAUCGGCGCGGAUCUGUCGCAGAAAGGUACCAUUCCUCCAGUUGAGAAGACCAGUAGCAAAGGCAAAUCCUCCCCAGGGACAAAGUCUCCAGGCACCGCACUUGCUGUUUCGCCGUCGGGCGAGACUAAGACCACUACCACCACCACCACAUCAUCUUUCAAGCCUUACGAGAAGAAGGAAGAUGAUGACCGAGUGAGUCCCAAAAGGACUUCCCCCAGUUCACGCUCCCUCGCCGGAAGCCAACCCAGCGCGGAACGGUCGUCGUCGAGAAGUAGCGAAAGUGGGCGAUCAUCGUCACGUCCCCGGGAGCCGGCGACAUCAUCAGCGUCGUCGCUCUCCCCAAGAGUCUCCUCCCCAGUCACACCAAAGACUUCUUCAUUAUCUCACACAUUCUCUGGCCUGUGCGACCUUAGUAAGGAUCCCCUGGCUGCGUACAAGCUGGCUCCCAGCCUCUACCCUCACCUAGCCUUGGGCCUUGACCCCCUCGGCGCAGCUGGCCUCUCAGCACUCACAGCUAAGGUGCCCAGCAGCACGGCGGCAGCACUCUCCAGUCCGUACAUCGGUUACGCCAGAGUGAAGACCAGCAGCGGCAGCGAGACAGUGGUGCCCGUAUGUCGCGACCCUUACUGUACUGGCUGUCAGAUCAACGCUCACGCUGCCCAGGUGGUCAAUGGUACUUGUCCGCCAGGUUGCACGCAGUGUGCGCAGAUCAACGCUUACACCAAGAACCUUGCGGCGCUGCCCGGUCUCCUGCCCUCACUACCAGCAUCAUCAUUGAGCGGGUUGUACCCACCUCCUGGCCUGGUUGGGGGAUCACAUCACCCCUAUGUGUGUAACUGGAUAGCGGGAGACACCUACUGCGGGAAGCGCUUCUCCACCUCCGAGGACCUGCUGCAGCACCUCAGGACCCAUACCAACCUCUCCAGCUCUGAGUCCAGCCUCACUCUGCACGCCCUGCACCACCCCUUGCUGGCUGGUCACCUUCCCCGUGGCUACCCAACCCCGCCCCUCUCGCCACUUUCUGCAGCUCGGUAUCACCCCUACGCCAAGCCGCCCCUCUCUCACCUGCCGCCUACAGCACCUCUCCCUGCCUCUGCCCUCACAGCCUCCCUCACAGGCCUACCUCCUCACCCACUGUCAGCCUACUACAACCCAUAUUCUCUCUACGCGCGGGGUUUGGGGGCCACGACGGGCCUACACUAGUGAGAGGGGCCCUCACGCCCCUUGUAUACAAUUGGGGCCAAGGGUGUGGUCUGCACCCUGUGAGUGAGGGGCCCCCGGGGUCGUGCCCCCUCGUGUGCUGCUGUGAUGUCUCCUCUCCUUCAACAUGUACAAAUCUGUGUUUAUGUGAAUGUACAGUUUAAAGUCAUAAAGGUGACAAUGUGAUGUUUUAAGGUGGAUCAGUGUGAGACGUGGGUGGUACCACAGCUCGCCGCUCUGCUCUCAGUGUAGCGUUUAUGUUGUGUGUGUGGUACAUUUACUUAACAAUCUGUGAUUUUCUUUACAUGUCGAGGACAAUCAGCUAAGUUUUCUCAAUAACGUGAACUCAGUUUGUUGUUGGGAGUUCUGAUCUCAGAAGACUCAGUUGUGUCACUGGCUGAGGCGCUGGAGGAGAACUUAUUUUGACACAGGGUGUAUUAGCGUCGCCGCAGUCAAUUGCAUCUCUCCCGCAAGAAAAAUUACGACUUGCUGCUGCCCUCCACCAGGAAGUAUCCGCAGCACUCUUGUUUCACCUCGUGUGCGGCCUUUCGCAUUCCUUUUCUUCGGAGUAACAUCCGUCGUUGUGGAUUACUGACAUUCCUGCGGCCGGAAAGACCACCUCUGUGCCUCGCAGCCAUCUCCAGCGAACUCUGGUCUAACCAACUCAAGCAUGCGAGGUAUCAUGCUCUUCUUUGCUCUAGUGACAAAGUCUCUAAAAUUGGCUGUGUAUCUUUGUUUUUCUUAUGUAAUUUGCAGAGCCAUUGACUGCCUGUUGCAUGCUUUGCUGAGAGGCUCCUUGAAGAUAGACCCCCUCCCUUACUUGUUCCUAAAGCCCCCAUACCUAAUAUAAAGCCAACUGUACAUUCUAAUUUAUGUACUAAGUCAUGUGUUAUGGGACUGCUAGCUACUUAUUUGUUUGUAUAUUUAUUGUACAUCUGUAAACCAAGUUUUAGAGAGAAAUACAUUUAUUUACAGAUCGA